AGAACACGCUUCCACUUUACUCUCCGUUACUAAAAAGCUCUCGCACUCCUUUUCCGACAAUCAAAGAACAACCUCGAAACCAUGGAUCCAGAUUCCGACCACCCUCACCUCCCCACAAUCAAAAUCCACCACCCUCCUUCCCCUCGCCACUCCCCCCACCACCACCACCACCACUCCUCCUCCACCCCCUCCUCCGCCGCCACCCCAACUCCCACCGCCGGCGCCCGCCGCAAAAUCGGCGUCGCCAUCGACCUCUCCUGCGAAAGCGCCUUCGCCGUCCGCUGGGCCGUGGACCACUACAUCCGCCCCGGAGACGCCGUCGUCCUCCUCCACGUCUCCCCGACCUCCGUCCUCUACGGCGCCGACUGGGGACCUCUCCCUCUCAAAGCCCCGCAAGAUCCUCCCUCCCUUCAGCCUAGCCAGGAGGACUUCGACGCCUUCACUUCCUCCAAGGUCGCGGAUCUGGCGAAGCCCUUGAAGGAGAGCGGGUUUCCUUAUAAGAUCCAUAUAGUGAAGGAUCACGAUAUGAGGGAGAGGCUGUGUUUGGAGAUCGAGAGGCUGGGGCUUAGCGCUGUGAUUAUGGGGAGUAGAGGGUUUGGUGCUGAGAAGAAGAAGAAAGGGAGUGAUGGGAGGUUGGGGUCUGUUAGUGAUUAUUGUGUUCAUCACUGUGUUUGUCCUGUUGUUGUUGUUAGAUUCCCUGAUGAUCAUCGUGAUGGGCCUGUACCUGGGCCUGUUGUUACUGUUAAGACUGGUGGUGGGGAUGAUGGUGGUGAAGAUGGUGUUGCUCCUCAUCAUCACGAGCACAUCAAAGAUGAGUAACGCUUCUUGGGAUCUUGGUACACAAAUCAAGUAGGAGUUUUAGCGCAAUGGUCAGAGGAGUGUGUGUUUGUGUUCUAUGUUUAUCUAUCAUGAUGUUAAGGAAUUUCUCAGGGUUAUUUGGAGUCUCUUAUCUUUCUCUAUUUGAUGGUUUCUGCAGUAAACCUGAAGAAGUUUGUAUGAUUACGUAAACCCUUUUGGUUAUUUUUCUUUUAUGAAAAAAAAAGGAGAGGAUUGUGACCAUCUUCAGUAAAGUAUGGUUUUGUAGGUUUUUCCUGUUGUGUGAGAGUGAAUGCUAAAUCUGUUUAGAUUAAAUUUGUCUUUAGGUGUUGUUAUAAUCAAAUAAAAGACUUGGGUAGACAA